AUGCCAAAACCAAGUUCCGAACAGUGGCGUGAUGUAGCAGACAAAUUUUUUACAAAAACCCAAUUUCCCAACUGCGUGGGAGCUGUUGACGGAAAGCAUAUACGAUGCGUCAAUCCUAAAAACUCGGGAUCAAUUUAUUUUAAUUAUAAGAAAUUUUUCUCGAUAGUUCUAAUGGCAGUAGUGGACGCAGAAUACUGCUUUAUAUCUAUCGACGUAGGUGCAUAUGGACGAGAAGCUGAUUCCACUGUUUUUAAAGAAUGUCCCUUCGGUAAACUUUUAUAUUCGGAACAACUUGGCUUACCGGCACCGGUUUGUUUGCCAAAUACCAGUGACAACCCUCAGCCAUAUGUAGUAAUUGGAGAUGAAGCAUUUGGUCUACAUAAAAAUUUAUUAAGACCUUUUCCGGGACGUGGUAUUGAUCGAAGAAAAAGGAUUUUUAACUAUAGGUUGUCAAGAGCAAGAAGGUAUGUAGAGUGUUCUUUUGGCAUACUGGCAAAUAAAUGGCGAGUUUUACAUACAGCAAUAAAUGUAGAACCGGAUUUUGCCGAUAUUAUUGUUAAAGCUUGUUGUAUACUUCACAAUUUUGUCAGAAGGAGAGACGGUGUCAAUUUUGAAGAUACGCUAAGCAAUAGCUUAGAUAAUUUAGAAGUACAUCAGAAUGAUACUGGAGGUCGUUCACAAGGCAAAGAUGUGAGGGACUAUUUUGCAAAUUAUUUUUUAGAGGCUGGAUCUGUUCCAUUUCAAUAUAGAUUUGUAUAA